CUACUUCUUCAUUGUACACCUGAAGCAGCCAAGAGUGAGUUCUAUCCUUUGAGAACCUGAUCCUGCGGCCUGCUGCAUGGUGAAGGCCACAUGCUUGCGCCGUCGCGACACAAUGCCGUGGGCCUGAUCUCUGGCCUGGCAAGCCGUCCCGGCGUCAACUCCAGAAUUCUGGGUGGAUUGGCUAUACGAGCUAUUCGACCAGCCUCCAUAGCCUGGCAUGGGUCCUCAGUACUCAGUUAUGUCCCACUGUGUAGUUCAGCUUGCUGCACUCCAUCAGGGACUAUUGGUGGAAGGCGAUCGGUGUGGAUUUCGGCGAAAACAAGUCAGACGACUCCGAGUAUACAAGCGCAAAGUGCUCCAACAAGGGCGUGGCCUGUCAAAGGCUGGAUGCAACUUCGCAAUGCUUCCUCGGGGCCCGAGCGAUCACAGACUGAUAAGAACCAGGAGACUAGUGAUGCUCGAUCAAAAACAACGCUGACAAAGAUCCUCCCACGCCUUCCCACGCUGCACGAGAACAUCUACACGCUCCCCAACAUCUUGACCUUCACACGGCUCAUCGCCGCUCCAGCAGUGGGCUACUUCAUCCUGACCUCGCAGCCUCUCGCCGCCGUAUCGCUCUUCUUCUACGCGGGCAUAACGGACCUUGUCGACGGCUAUCUCGCCCGGCGCUUCAACUCCACGACAGUAGUCGGCACGGUGAUCGACCCCAUGGCCGACAAGGCUCUUAUGACCAUCACCGUCGUCUGCCUCACGGUCAACGGCACGCUGCCGCUGUGGCUCGCCACGAUAAUUCUCGGCAGAGACGUCGGCCUGGCCAUAUCCGCCAUCUAUUUCCGCUGGAUAUCCCUGCCCCCACCCAAGACGAUGGCGCGGUACUGGGACUUCAGUCUGCCCAGCGCAGAGGUGCAUCCGACCGAGAUCUCCAAGAUCAAUACGUUUCUGCAGCUGCUCUUGAUUGGGAACGCGAUGAUAUUGCCCGUCCUGCCUGAAAGUCUGGUGCACGCGUACAAUCUGACAGGCGUGUUCGAAGGAUGGAUGUACCUCGUAGCCGGGACGACGGUGUGGAGUGGGCUGAGUUAUGUGGGCAACAAGUCUGCUGUGAAGAUUCUGUCAAGCGGAGAGAUCGAGGAACAGAUGGCGCAAAGGGAGAAGGCCCGGCGGUCUGAACAGAAAUAACAUGACGCCCUUUCUUUCGUGGCGAGCGCUAGAGGCAGAGGCUCGGUCGUCAACUGUACAUUAUCAUGUUGUUGGAGGAAACAAGGCAACUUCGUAGAGAAGAUGGAAACAUUGUAUUACACUCUCGUUAUUCA